AUGUCAGAGAUUCCUAUUCAUAUCGGACACUGCAUUUUGUAUGAGUUCCAAUUAGGGAACAAUGCAAGUGCUGCUGCCCGCAAUAUAUGUGCUGCACUUGGGGAAGGUGCUGUUGCUGAUCGAACGUGUCGAGAUUGGUUUAAACGAUUUCGUGAAGGUGAUAUGUCAUUAGAAGAUCGUCCGAAAUCUGGACGUCCUCUCGAAUCUGAUAUUGAACGAUUAAAGGAUCUGAUCGAAGGCAAUCCACGAUUAACCACCCGUGACUUGUCAGCAAUGCUCGGAUGCAACCAAUCCACCAUCGAUCGCCAUUUGCAUGAAAUGGGAAAAGUUAAUAAACUUGAAACAUGGGUUCCACAUCAACUAACCUCGGACAACAUACAGCAGAGAAUCACCAUAUGCAAUUCUUUGUUGUCAAAACGCAACCGACAGCGAUUUCUUCAGCAGAUAGUCAGUGGUUAUGAAAAAGGCAGAGCUAAUCAAGUGCGAAUUCAACGAAAAAGAAGAAGAAAUAGUUGCCCCGACUCUAGCUCGAUCGUUUGGCGAGGAUUGCUCGCUCCUACUAUAAUUAAUGAAACACAAACAAAAUUAACCGAGGAAGAACAUCAAAUUUUUAAGUUAGGCCUUCAGUUUAUUUAUAAUGAUCCUAAAACAGCAUCACGACGAUGUGCAACUGAGUUGACUAUUCUUAAAAGUAAAAUUGAAGAUGGAUUUUUCGAGAAAAAAGUUAGUCCCGGCCGAUUAGUCGAGCAAUUUAUAGCUGAACUAAAUAUUAUACUUCAAAAUGUACAUAAUACGCCUAUUAGUAAUACAUAUCGACAACAGAAACAGUAG